UCCCCUGGAAGACUGAGCUAUGCUUUUUCUGUCAGGCUCCACUAACCAUGAACAAACCACAGGCCCGGGGAGUGGAAUAAAAGGCCACGGACCUGCCAUGCUCAGAGACCCCAGGCUUCAACCAUGUUGACACCUCUGCCCUUCAUCUGUCCUUCACCCAUGACGCUGCAUGGGCUUCUCUCCAUUCUGCUCCUUCUGACUCUCUUCAGCCCAGUAAGAAGUGGUUUGGCUUCUGCUGAAAAUCACUGUAUAAAUGUGAAUGGCAUUUGCAGAAGAGACACCUGCAAAAUGAUAGAGGAUACACUUGGUGCCUGCAAAAGAAGGUGGAAAUGCUGUCGGGCAUGGUGGAUUCUUUUGCCUGUCCCAACACCUAUUAUCUAUUCGGAUUAUCAAGAACCCAUUAAGCACAAAGUGAAAUGAAACUAGGAAAAGCAUCAAAAGGAAAUUUCUUUGUA